AUGCUCAAAAAAACAAAGCAGCUCCUUCGAGAAAAGGUAUGGUACCCUGGCAUUGACAAGGACGUCAAGACAGAGAUCGAUGAUUGCAUCCCAUGUCAAGCAACAAGCCAAAAUGUGACACCAGAACCCCUCCAAAUGACGACCUUACCAACGGCGCCGUGGAGCCAAGUUUCAACCGAUUUUUGUGGCCCUUUCCCAUCCGGUGACUACUUGCUAGUUGUCAUUGACGAUUACUCUCGGUAUCCGGAGGUGGAAGUUCUUCGAUCUACCUCCGCUGAAGCGACUAUUCCGAAGUUAGAUAGAAUCUUUGCUACGCAUGGGAUUCCGGAUGUUAUGAAGUCUGAUAACGGCCCCCCAUUUAGUGGUCACGAAUUCGCCAAGUAUGCUAAAGAGAAAGGUUUUCAACACCGUAGAAUUACACCACUAUGGCCAGCUGCUAACGGCGAAGCUGAACGUUUUAUGCGUACACUAAGCAAAGCCAUCAAAACAAGCUCAAUCGAAGGAAAGAAUUGGAAGAAAGAUCUACAACAGUUUCUCCUGCAGUACCGAGCUACGCCGCACUCGACUACCGGGAAGUCGCCGGCGGAGCUUUUGUUUGGUAGGAAAAUCAAAACUAAACUGCCUGCAGUGCUCGUGCCACCUCUCGAUGAUGCAGAAAUGCGUUCCAAAGACCGACAAGGGAAGAAGAAGAUGAAAACCUAUUCCGACCGUCGGAAUCACCACAAACCUAGCCGCGUUUGUGUAGGUGAUAUGGUAUUGAUAAAACAGAAGCGAAAGAAUAAGUUGUCCUCACGCUAUAAUCCUAAACCUGCACUUGUCACCAGGAAGAAAGGAACAUUAGUGACCGUACAGAAAACAGAUGGAUCAACACUAAGCAGAAAUUCCUCUCAUCUUAAGAAAGUUACAAAACGGGCAGCAGAGCAGUGGGCAAACAUUCCUAACGACAGUGGAGAGGAUGAUGAUGAUGAUGACGAUGGGAGCAACGAGAACAAUGUAGAACUUCAAAACGCAGGUCAGGAACAGCGAGGUCAAAACCAACGACCAGCAAGAGAAAGGCGGCGUCCGAACUAUCUUGGUGACUAUGUGAUGUAUUAA